CUGGAUGGAUCAAGCCCCAAGCACGGGUCUCCGCUGGAACCCUGGCACAGCAGGCAGCGAGGAGUGAUUUGCUUUUGCGUGGCACUCCUGGGCAGGGCGUCUUUUGCACGGCGCCGCUAGUAGACAAAUUACAGCCUUGCCUCUGUCAAGGUAGAUAAGAAACCAUGUGAUGCAGCGUGGUGGUAAACGGAUUGCAGGCAGGGUAAAGGUGCACAGGGAAAUAACCUUGUAGGGAGUUCCUCCAUCCUCAGGGAGCAGAGUCUCCAGGCAGCGCAGAUCCCCACAAGUCUGACAGCACUUUGGCCUUGAUGCCUGCAGAAGUUUUGGGGGCUCUCUGAAACUCACAAAAAGCAGAAAUGUCUUCUAGCAGACGGAACUGGUCCGGUCUCUCCAGCCUGGCCAGGCUGAGGUCCCUUGAGGAUGAAGAAGAGCAGCAAAGAGAGCGCCGGCGAAGGCACCGGAGCCUGCUGUCCUCCACAUCGACGGAUGAAGAACCUGCUAGUCCUGUGAAAGACACCAGUCCAUCUUCCAGCAGACCUCAAUCCCUGGUGAAGCUGGUGUCUCCAGAGGAAGAGGAAGAGCGUAAGCUCUCAGAGGUGCUGAAGACACAAGAAGGGAGACGGACAAGGUCCCCAGUGGCUGUCUCUGAAAAGCUGAGGAAGGAGAAGGAGCAGCAGGAGCCAGGGGUGGGAGCAAGCCAUGCAGAGGCAGGGAUGCAACUGCACGUGGAGCAGGAGAGCAUCCAGGCUGGAGAGCAGGGUCAGGAUGUGGCCAAGGACAGAGGGGACCCACCAGGAGACCAGCACCCAGAGCCAGCCUCAGAGAGGAAGGCUGUGGUGAGAGUACAGCUCCAGGACAAAGAGGGACAAGGUGUGGGGAUGCCUCGGCGGGAGCAGAGGAAGGAGGUGGGGGAACCACAGCAGCGGGCAUCGCUGGAGCUGGGGGGCUGCCGGCUCCGUGAAGUGAAGAUCCUGACCAGACAGGGAAGCCGUAGUACAGAGGAGAAGUCAGCCUCAGUGGUGACCUCAUCUCCAGACCAGCAGCAACCAUCCAGGAAUCCCUCAAAGGAGGUAAUGCAGCUGUCUCCCACCCAAGAUAAACCUGCAGAAAAUUCAGAUACUUCUCCAACUCAUGUCACCUACAGCAGCUCCAUCAAACGAACCAGUCCAAGAACUGUCUCCUUUCGGAUGAUCUCAAGAAAUCAGAAAGAAGAAAACCAAAGCCCUCUCACAAGGAGUGCAAGUCUGAGGAUCCCAGGCAGCAGCACCACCAUUGGGGAGAAGCUGGAAAAGUACAACUCAGCCGUGCAGCGCUCAGAGGUGGUGAAAUCAUCCCUGACUCUUCAGAAGGGCCUCUUGAUGUCCUCGGAGGGGGUGGCCAGCAAGCGCAACUUCUUCGAGGCAAGCGCUCCCUGCAAGGCUGAGCCGCUAGCUGUCAGGAAGGACAACCUGAAGAUCUCAGGAUCAGUGACAUCCCGCAUUAAUCUGUGGAUCAGCCGAGCUCAGGAGCCUGCCAAGGAGGAAAAAAGCAAGGAUAUCAGGAAAAUAAACAGCCUGCCAAACCGUGAUGUCUGGGUAAAGCAGCCUGGAGACACCUCUGGAGACACAAAGUUGUAAUAAUCUCAGUUGUAAUAAUAUCAGAUGAUCUGGGAAAAACUGUUUUGCUCUGAAGAUCAAAGCCCAGCCCUAUCCAACUGUCCAGCAGCUCACUGCCACGAGAGUCCCCCGCGCCAUGUGUGGGUGCACCCCAGGUCUCUGGGGUCCUCUGGUUGUGGGAUGGGAAGGAAGAAGGCUGGAAGAUUAUCCCUGUGCCCCCAGUCCUUACUCACUGCCUGUCCAGGAGUGCCCUGGCCUGGAGGUUCCUUGCAAAUGCUGAAGGCAGGCUCUUGCCUCAUUUCUCCACAACACCUUGGUGUUUUGGUCCUAAUCUCUCCCUGUGCCCCAUAACUGUGCUUGCAAAGGGGAUCAACCUAUAUGUCUCCCUUGCAGCUGGAUGAUGUCAGUGGAGCACGAAGCUGCCUGGCCAAGGGAGUUUCAGCUGCACGUCCAUGGGCCAUGUCCAUUCCUGCUGCCUGGCUCGUGUGGGGUGAGGUGGGGCAGGCAGAUGUCACCUCCUCUCCCAGGCUGUCACUGCUGGAGGGGACUCAAUCAAAGGCAAAGGCUGUUUGUAAAGUCACAUGUGCACCGGUGGAGCUUGGAGGUGCCUCAUGGAGGAAGGGUGGAUAUGAUGGCCCUGGUGCUUCCCUCUGGCAUGCAGCUGAGCUGUAGAUGGAGAUUUGGCCUUCUUCACCCUGCCCUUACCAUCCCCUGCCCCCUACAAGCAGCAAUCCCUUUCACUUAGUGAUACAGCAAGGCUGGGCUGGCCACGGCCCUGUUUUGGGCGUUUGCAUGGAGCUGAGCAUCCUGUGCUGGACCCCUUCUGCGAAACCCAUUUCCCUCUCACCCUUCCUCCUGAGCCCUUUGCCCAUGGCUAUGCGGACACCUGGCCCUGCACUCCCCAGGCUGCUGAGCCCACCCAGCAGGGAAGCAGGGUUCUCUCUUGAGGACGGCUUUAACGUACCAUGGGCAGCCCAUAAAACGAUGCACAAAUCCUUGUGCCAGGGCCAUUCAGUGGGCUAGGGCCGUGCCUUGAGCAACCAUUGCGGUGUCCAAAUUUGGUGUGGGACUCUACUGCUGCCCCUGGAUCUGAUCUUGCUUGUUGGGCUUUGGAAAGAACUUGGUUUUCUCUGUGCCUUUUUCUUUUUUUUUUUUUUCUAAUAAAAGUUGCUCUUUCUAAGACA